AUGGCCGGCGCCGCACGCGUGGGCGUCAGCGUGGCGUGCGUGCCUGUGGCACCUGGCACGCCCGACGGUAUGCUCAGUGCGCCGCCUGGCGCACCUGCGCUCGUGACGGAGCGCGAGACGCUCGAUGUGCAGGCCGACGGGCGCCGCAUCGUCGCGCCGCCGCCGUCGCUCCUCGACGAGGCGCGCGCACGCCGACGGCGCCUGUGGGCCGAGCGCGGCGACUUUGGGCGCGUGCGUGCGUCUGCGUUGCAGGCGGCGCCGAUGGACGAGGAGCCCGUGCUCGACGCUCUCGCGCGCCUGCGCGCGGCGUACGCGCCGCCGGCCGCCCCGGCCGCGCCGGCCGCGGCGGCGCCUCCGAAGCUGGGCCGCAUCGCCGAGAGCGAGUUUGUGCCGAUGCGCGACCACAUGCUGCACCAGCUCGAAGUCGCACUCUUCCAUGCGGAGCAGGCGCAGAACCUGCUCGGCAUGCUGAUCCAGAACGCACGCGGCGACGUGGGCCCCGUGCUCGCCGCCCAGAGCGAGUACUUUCUCGAGCCGCCGUCGCUCUCGCUGAGCGCGCUGGAGACGGCGCUGCCGGAGGACGCCGAGCCGCCGCCGCCGCCGCCCCUCGCGACGCGCCAGCGCGUGAUCCAGGGCAAGCGCGAGAGCCUGCACGGGGCCGCCGCGAUCCUCGCGCAGGGCGCGGACGACGUGGAGCGGUGCCUCGCGCCCGAGCGCGCGCGGUGGCGCGCCCUGCUGCACAUCCAGAAGCGCGGCUGGAAGCUCACGCCGGGCCGCCCCCUCGUCGACAUGGAGCGCCUGGACCAGCUGGCUACGGCAGGCAGUGCGCUGCACGGCUUCGGCAUGCCCGUGCUGCACGGGGAUGGCGCGGUCAAGGACGAGGGCGCACGCGAUGCGUGGAUCGGCUACGGCCCAAGCGAGGCGCCCGUGCCCGUGCUGCAGCGCACGCUCGCGUACUGGGCCGACACCGCGACGUCGUCCGAGCCGCUCGCCUUCCCGGACCGCACGUGGCGCCGGCUGCGUGUGCAGCUCCGCGAGCAUGCCGCCACGGGCGAGCGUGUGUGGACGAACGCUGACGCUGUGCCCGUGCCGGGCACCGACCUCGACGCACAACUGUACGAUGCGCAGCGGGACGCCGUUGACGCGGAGCUGUUCCGCGAGCUGGCCGCGCAGUCCGGCGCGCUCUCGGCCAUGCUGCCACGCACGGUCACCGACUCGUGCAUCACCGUGCCGCUCUCGAGCACGCUGGCCGUCUCGUUUGAGCUGGUGCCGUACGAGCGGGGCACGGCGGCCCGUGCGGAGCAGGGCACCGAGUCCAUGUGGGCGACCAUGCUCCUGCACGGGCUGCGCCUGCGUAUGCUGCGCAGCUGGACCGUCCGGCUGACGGCGCUGCGGCACACGCAUGCCGCGUCUGUCGCGCCACGGGCGCCGGCGCCGCGCGCCUCGCUGACCGCGCCGCUCUGGGAGCUCUACCGAUAUACCCUCUUUCUCGCGCGCUUCCACGCCGUGCUCACGCCCGCGACGCACGGAUACGACGUGCACAUCGACUGGCGCCCCUUUGAAGGCAUGCACGACGCACAGGCGUGGCUCGCGCGCCUCCUCGAUGUCGUGCACGACGACCACGAGCCGGCGGCGCCGUGCAGCGGCCGCGUGCUGCUGUACCUCGGCGCGGACCGCCGCCUCGUGGCGCAGUUCGCGCUCCAGGCGCCCAGCCACCUGGUCGCCUUCUUCCCCCUGCACCGCACGCCCACGGGCAUCGGCGUGCGCAUGUCACUCGAGCUCGAGCGCGUCGCGGCGCUCGUCGGCGCCGAGCUGGCCAGCGUGGCGGCCGCCUCCACAUAG